AAAAGAAGCCGUUUUGAAAGAGCGUGCAGUAUUAAAAAUAAAUGUUGUAGCAAUUAAUUUUAAAUCUUUAUAAAACCAUGUGCUGGUGCUGGAGUGUGUGCCCUGGUGAUAUAGUCGUCACUGUUUGGGUGCAGCCGCAGUGCAUGCUGGGAGCUGGCGGAUCAGCCAGGAACAUUUGGCUUAACUUUAGAUUUGAGUGGGAAUUAAGGAACUGGCAUCCAGACAUGUUGUCAGGGGAGGAGAUCUUAUGCAGCACGCGACAGGUGAUCGCAGGGCUGGAGGCUUUGCGUGGUGAGAACCGAACGCUGCUGGACAGCCUGCAGGAAACGCUUGAGAGCCAGACAUGCAGUGAGAGCUUGGAACAGGAAAAGACCACUAUCAUUCUGGAGUCUCUGGAGAAGAUUGAACUGGGCUUAGGGGAGGCACAGGUGAUGAUGGCACUGUCGGCACACCUCGGGUCUUUGGAGGCAGAGAAGCAGAAGUUGCGUGCUCAGGUGCGGAGGCUGUGUCAGGAGAACCAGUGGCUGAGGGACGAGCUGGCUCGUGCUCAACAACAGCUGCAGGAAAAAGAACAGGAAGUGGUCACUUUAGAGGAGCAGAACAGACAUCUGCAGUUCAUGAGCAGCAUUCGUAAAUAUGACCACGAAGAGAUGCCUUUGGAAGAUAAAGAUAAUACACCAGGCAAGGAAUCCCUUGAUGAUCUCUUUCCUACAGAUGAGGAGGAGCAGUCUCACAUGUCACAGCCCCACAGCAGAGCCGCCGCUGCUGCCCAGCAGGGAGGUUAUGAGAUCCCAGCCCGACUCCGAACGCUGCACAACCUGGUAAUCCAGUACGCCUCUCAGGGCCGAUAUGAGGUGGCCGUGCCGCUCUGCAAGCAAGCUCUGGAGGACCUGGAGAAAUCCUCAGGCCACACCCAUCCAGAUGUUGCUACCAUGCUCAAUAUCCUGGCUUUAGUCUACAGGGAUCAGAACAAAUAUAAGGAAGCCGCCAAUCUCCUAAAUGACGCAUUGGCUAUCCGUGAGAAGACACUAGGCGUUGAUCAUCCAGCUGUGGCAGCUACUCUGAAUAAUCUGGCUGUGCUGUAUGGAAAAAGGGGGAAGUACAAAGAGGCAGAGCCACUGUGUAAAAGAGCUCUGGAGAUCAGGGAAAAGGUGCUAGGGAUGGACCACCCUGAUGUAGCCAAGCAGCUGAAUAACUUGGCCCUCCUAUGUCAGAACCAGGGCAAAUAUCAGGAGGUGGAACAGUACUACGAACGCGCCCUGCACAUUUAUCAGAGCCGACUGGGACCCGAUGAUGCAAACGUGGCCAAGACAAAAAACAACCUGGCCUCAUGCUACCUCAAGCAGGGGAAGUACAGGCAGGCUGAGGCUCUGUAUAAGGAGAUUUUGACCCGUGCUCAUGAGAAAGAGUUUGGAUCGGUGGAGGGGAAUGGCCCACCGGUUUGGAUACACACAGAGGAGGGAAGCUCUAGACAGGAUGGUCUCGGGAGUCUAAAGCGCAGCGGAUCAUUCACCAAACUCCGCGAAUCCAUACGGCGAAGCAGCGAAAAACUUGUUCAAAAGCUAAAAGGAGUUGGGACUCAGGAAACAACCCCUCGAGCUGCUGGAAUGAAGAGAGCGAAUUCCCUCAAUGUGCUUAAUGUGGGUGUAAGGGAAAGCCAAGAAUCCACCAUGAGGUCCAGCAGGUUGACAGACACACGGGGGCUGAGCUCCAGCACCCAGAGCUUAGCCCGCCGCGCGUCUUUGAGCGGAGACAGCUAACCUUAACUCCCAACGGAUCCAUGUGACAUCAGAACUCUGACAAGCUAUCAACAUCUACAUCUAAUUGCUAUGUGAUGUCUACAGAGAUCAUAUGAAGUAUAAGAAAUGGUAUGUGAAUGAUAAAUGUGGGUCAAAACAUAGUUUUGUAGUAUCAUACACAUAGCCUGUGAUGCACUUUGAGCAAUGUUUACUUUUGUAGCAGUUUUAAAAUCAAACAUAUACAGCUCUCUGUAAUCUUAAGAUGAUUUUGAAUUGCACUUAACUGAAGAAUCCUAAAUUAAAGGCACAUGAAGGAUGUUACGUUCCAAAACUAAUGAAAUUCCAAGUCAAACAAUUGUAGUACUAUACCUGUGCCUGGUAAGUAAGGGACUUUUUAUUUUUCAAGUUCAAACACAUUUUAUUAUAAUCUAUUUAUUAUACUAAAGUUCAAUGUUACAUAAUGUUAACUCUAUUACAUUCUCGUUUAAUGUUACAAAUUCCAUGAAGAACAUAUUUAUGCAUUAUUUGUUGCUGACGAACCAAAUAAAAUCUAUACCUCUAUGAAAAUCUAAAUGUUUCAGCAAACAAAGAGCUGUCGUUCGGUCACUUGCAGCUGACUUUAAAGAGCUGGGCCCGUAUUCUUAAAGCUUCUAAGAAUCCUCUAAGAAAGCUCUCUACGUAGGAGUCUUAGCUUAAAAGUGAUUCGGGACCAAUCUGAGAGCAACUUUGAGCAAGGAAACGACAAAAACUUUUAUCUUAGGGAGGAGGCGGGGCUGACCCCUUUGCUAUGUCUUUUGAAGACAAAAAUAGAAAAAAUAACUUUUAAGUAUAGGGUCGUUAGUUUGAAAUUGCACGUGUAAUUUUUUUCUGUUUUACCGUACUCACGCACACACACACACACAUAUUCUUUAUUUUUUAUUUACCAUGCUGUUAAUGUCAACGUAUUUGAUAGAAAAUGAACAGUGACACAACAAGUUUCUGUAAGUGCUGUAAUUGUUUGUGUGAUCCCCAUAGAAGGUUGUGACGGAACCAAAUCAUCUCUGCUGCAUAGUUGCAUUUUUCCAGUUGCCAAAUAUGUUAAUGUAGUGAUUUCUUCUAUUUCUGGCGCUAUGGCAUGUCUGCGCUGUCUUGGAGAUGUUAGCGCGCCUCCAAUAGGAUCGGUCACAAACAUGAACCCUGCACGAUCAAAUGUCUUGUUUUAUUAACGUCAUUCAGUUCAAUUUAAUUAAAUUUUAUAGCGCUUUUACAAUUUGCAUUGCAUCACAGCAGCUGUACAAGAAAACCAAAACAAAGAAAAACAAAAGUUGAACACACAAAAAAACAAUAAAAAUAAAAAAUCUGAUAACCUUAAAAAUAAUAUGGAAAUUGUCAUGCAUUGCAACACAUUUCUUCUGACUUUUCAUGUUUCGUCUAUUUUCUCUGCUGCUAAAGAAACCUCUUAAAAGUCCUCCUCGCUGCUCCUAACAAUUUUGGACAUUAAGAGCUCUUUUAAGGGUUAAGAAGAUGCUUUAUGAAUUACUUUUUUCUUCACUAGGAUCUUUUCUGUAAUUUUAAGGGGAAACGCCCACAUUUCUAAGAUUUUUUUUAGAAUUUUGUCACUAGGAGCAACUCUUUCCGCUAAGAUUUUUCAAGAAUAGGGCCCAGAAGUUUCCCCACAGUGUAAAAAUGUACAGU